AAGCGGCAGGUGGUGAAGGUGCACCUGUGGGACGUGAACAUCUCGCGGGAAUGGUGGGCUCCACAAGGGCAAGACCUUCAACAGGUGGAAAUCAUGUCCCUGGCAAGGGGACCACCCACUCCUUGUACCCACAACCUCUAGGAAAGUGGUUCUCAACCUUGGCUGCUCAUUAGAAUCACCUGGGAAUCUUUUAUAAAAUCCUGAUUUCUGGAGAGGCACUAGCGCUGACAGCCAAGCCCCAGAGCAGCUCAGCGUUGGGCCAGGAUCACCCAGCGUGAACGUCUGUGUCCGUGAGGAGAAUGGCAUCUCAAGAUGAACCAGCCAGGAACGGUCCCCAGGAAGGAAACUUCCCGCUUAGAUCUCGCGGAGGACCCGUCAAGCAGGAGGGAGAGGAGGCGGAGGAGGUCGGCGUCCCCAGCCCUGGGCUCAUCUCAUUGAACAACAGCGGGGAUGCGAAGGCGGAGCUGCGGGCCAUCUAUUGGUCCUUCUGGUCGUGGCUGCGGCCAGACAGGCACAGUAAGCUGGAGAUGAUUUUCCAACUGUCGGUGGAGCAGUUCCUGCGCAACAUGCCCAGCAGCGAGAGGGCCGUGUGGCGGGAGAAGUGGGAGUCGAGUGGCAGAAACAUGGAGGCGUUCAUGGGGCACCUGAUGAAUGAGUGCCCGAGGCCCCCCCGCAUGGUCCUUGCGCAGCGCUCAGCAGCAGCCUCCAUGGCACUCACCCUGGGGACACCCUCCCAGACUCCCCCAGAGACACCCCGGCCAACAGCACCAGGAGAUGCAGAUGAAGAUGGCGAAAACCUUUCCAAUCCAGACCACCAACCCCUGGAGGAUGAGAGCCCUCACGGCCCCGCAGAGAGCGAGGGGUCCGGGGAGAGUCUACGCAGCUCCCGUUCAGCAAGUUCGGGCGCCCCCACUGCCCAGGGAGAGCCUCCCCGAGAGGAGGCGCCCCGGGAGGUGGGAGGCGCCCGGAAGCUGUGCCUGUACCGGUGCGACCAGUGUCCCCGGGUCUUCAGGUGCCUCUUUCGGUUCCAGCUGCACCAGAUGAGGCACAACAACGAGCGGCCCUUCGCUUGCGCCAAGUGCGGCAAACGCUUCUUCCAGGCCUCGGACCUGCGCGUGCACGAGCUGACCCACGAGAAGGGGGGGCCCUUCCCUUGCGGCCGCUGAAACCAACCUGCGGGCGCUCGAGCGCAUCCACACGGGCGCCAAGCCCUACGUGUGCGCUCAGUGCGGGAGGACCUACCGCCUGUCCUCCACCUACCACCGCCACCUGUGGAUGCACCAGAGGAAGGCCUCCAUGCCCGGGGACACCACCUCCAGGGGCUCCACAUCCAGGGACUCAACGCCCAGAGCCUCCACGCCCCGGGCCUUCACAUCCAGGGACUCCAUGCCCGGAGCUUCCUCCCUGUAAUGUGUGUGUGUUUGUAGAUAUAUUUAUUUUAUUUUAUAUUUUUAUUGAU